CUGAUGGACCAUUUAAAGAAACAAUUAAAGAAAUGCAAAUAAUAGACGAUCACAAAAUUAUCGAAAAAGAAAUUUUAGAAACAAAAGAAAUCAUCGAUGAUCAUCGAAUUAGUGACAAAGAAAUUAUUCCAGCAACAUUAGAAAUUGAAGAAAUACCUAUUGUUGAAAAACAGGAUGAUAUCCAAGAACACCGCAUUGAAAAAGAAGAUGUACCUCUGAGAAUAUCUCACGUUGAUAAAGAUGACAAGAUUAAAGAAAAAGAAGAUUCGUCAAAAAUUUCACCCACUCGGGAAAUUUCAAUGGAAAUUCCUAUCUCUUCAAUCGAUGAUAACAUAAAACAAGGAACAGACACAGAACGGACAACCGAAGAUCACACCAGUAAAAAGGAUAAUGUUUUCUCAGAAAUGUUUAAAGUUGUCCAUUCGUUGGUCGAUAAAUUGACGAACGGCAAAAGAUCAAGAAAAACGAGCAUAGAAGAAGUUGCAAUCACUGAAUUUCCAGAUGAUAAAAUUAUUCAAAAAGAAGUACCAUUGUUACCUCCUGCCGAUGACAAGGAGAAAUAUCAAGAAGAAAGUUCGAUUACCAGUGAACCAUCCGUUUCUCAAGUGAAUAGUGAUUCGAUAAAAUUAAUAGAAGAGCAAAUGGACGAUGAGCAAAUCGCAUCAAAAGACAAACCUCUCGAUUCCACAGAUGACAAAGUAGUUACCAGUCCAGAAGAAACGACAUACAAGAGCGUGCAAAUUGAUAUCGCGUCAAAAUCAAAGAAACCUCUCGAAAAAGUAGAAAUUGAUAAACCUUUAAAAGACGAUUCAGCAUCAUCGAUACAAUCAGCGGACGAAAAAAUAAAGGAUAGCAAAGGCAUCAUCAAAAUAAGCGAGGAAUCGAAAGAAGCGAUUCCAGAUAAUGAAAGGAUGGAUGUGAAACCAGUACGAAUUAUCGAGGAGGAGUUUCACGAACCAACGUCGAGUAAAGCGAGCGCUAGUUUUCAGGAGAUCGAAUCGCUUCUUCGAAGUUCUUCACAGACGACGACACAGGGAAAGGAAAAGUUAAUCUCCGACUCGAUUAUAUCCGAAACUUCAACAGAUUCCGCGAAAACAUUGGAAUUUGAAAAGCAAUUGAAGUCAGAAAGCAAACAGAUUGAAUUACACGAAAUGGAACAAUUUGUCGAGGGAGAAAGUUUCAUCGCGGGAGGCGAAAUUCAGAGGGAGACAACAUGGUUCCCCGAGGGAGGAUCGCAGAGCCCGGAAUCUGAUGUGCACACGAUUGUUUACAGGGACGAAUCGGAUAAGCAAGAAGAUCUAACUAACGGGAAAAUGGAUAAAACUUGGAAGAAACGCGUAGAGGAUAGAGAGGGGAUACCUGUUGAAGAAGAAUACGUAAGCCUUCCACUUUUUACCAGCAUAAUAGAUACGAUGGAUGAUUCCGAGGACAGUGAUUCAUCGAGCGAUAUUUCCAGGAAGACAACGUUAACCACCAGACCGUAUCAAACGCCGCGACAUCGUGCUCGACUCGAGGUUUCCGAGAGAGAGAGCAGUCAAACGGAGGAAGUAACUGAAACGGGAAGUAUCGGGGAUGAGGAACAAGCGAUAUUAGCUAUCGAGGUGAUAGGGAAUGGAAACGUGGACUCUCCGAAAGAGGAAAGGAUGCUUGAAAAAGUUGAAGACGCGGGUAUGGAACGAGCUCCUUCGACGAGAUCAACCGAGAAAGGUGAACAAACUGGAUCGAGGGAAGAAUUUAUAAAUGUACAACCGUGUUUAAGUGGAGAAAAGUUAACGACAAAGAGCGACACGGAGAUAGAGAAAGAGUCUUCAACGAAAGAUACGGAGGAUAGAAAAUCUGAAACGAAAACGGAUGGAAAAAUUGAAGGCGAACCGUCGUCGGUCUCCAAACUUGCAAAAACUGAUACUUUCAAAGUUUCAACCGAUAAAAAGGAACAAGAGAGGAAAAAAAUAGCCCCGCGAAGGAAGAAAAAAAGUUGGUCGGAGGAAUCUCCGGGCGAAGAGAGGCCGACGCAUUCUCACGAUGCGGCGAGUGGGCAUCGCGCGCGAGGGAAGCUAUUGGACGAUCGAUCGAGGCAAAAGGAUAGCGAUAAAACGAAACAAUCGAGAAGACGGGAGGAAGAAUCACAGAAGCAGAGGCAAUUCACAUCGAGAUUGAAGAUCGAGAAGGAUAAGAAAUCAUCGAGCGGUAGCGAGAAAUAUGCAACCCCGUCGAAAAGCGGGGAGAUCGAUACGAGUAAAACGCAGCCAAAAUAUAUGGCGUGGUACAAAAAGAAUCGAGAGGAAAUGGAAAAGAGGAGAGCCGAAUUAAUGGCCACGGAUGACGAGGAGCAGCUUCCACGAUGGUUACGAAGAAGCAUGAGAAGCCAGAGAGCCGAGAGGGAGGAUAAAAAGCAGUCGAGUCAGAAAACCGCUGACACGACUCCGCGGACGAGACGCAAAGUUAAACCUUUGGUAAACGUUGAAUCCGAACAAUUGAAGGCCAUUGUUCGCCAAGGUAGAAAAUUAAGGAGAGCCGAAGGAGGGAAGAACGAGGAUCCACCGGUACAGAUAUUCGCCACGACUCCGCCCCACGAUACCAAGCAUCAUUUGAUGCAACAUUCUGAAUAUAAAUACGAAAAAACGCCCGCGCCGUUUUACCUUCAUCCCCCUCCUGCCCCUCAUCCUUCGCCCCAAUUAUCGCCGGAACAUUUCGAAAUUCCGCCAACGAUGGAACGCGAACGUACGGAUGAAGAAUUCGAUUCCGGGAUACAGGUGUCGUUACAGGCUGGAAAUAGGCGACACCAACAAUUAUUGGAAAAGAAGAGUGUGUUCGAUAUCGCGUAUAGCGAAGCGGCACCCUCUCAAUUACGUUCAGACAGUACCACACCUCCGUCCUAAGGUAAUAGCAUUAGAAUCGUUUUGUUUUGUGGAAGAAUCUCCGUUGUUCGAUUUUUUAAUUACAGAGGACGUAUAAUAUUGUUGAAUAUCUUUUUAUGUUUUAUAUGGGUAUAUAUAAACGAUGAAUUAAUGAGUUGAAACGAGAACGUGCUGAAUGAUAGCCUCGAUCCAUGAAUUUUUAAAUGUUACGUUUUUAAAAAAGAAACAACGCAAACAGAUUAAAUCGAAAAGAAGAAUUAAAUUACGCACAAAAUGCAGGGUUAAUUAUAAAAUAGAAUUUCAAAAAUUGUUGUGGAAAAAAAUUAUAGGGACGUGACGUUUUAGGAUUUGUUAGAGAAUAAGUAUGAAUAACUUUCUUAUGAAAUCGUUUCAGAAAUAAAUAUCAUUCGUACAAUUCAUUACUUUAAAAACCAUUUUGUUAAUGUUAUUUAUUGCCGUCCGAUGAAAAAAUAGCACAUCGAUUCGAUGACCAAUUUUAUAUUACGAUUGUUAUCCCAAUAUUCCAAUGUUUAUAAUUAUCUUGUAAAU